CUACAGAUUCUCCAUCCUUCAGUCUUUGCAGGGGGACGGCUGUGCCAGCCGGGCGGGCAGGCUCCUGGCAGCAUGGCAGUGAAGCUCAGGGCCCUCCUGCUGGUCCUCGCGCUCAGCCUGGCGCAGCCAGCCGCUGCCGGCCGGAAGCUCCUGGUGUUUCUGCUGGAUGGUUUUCGCUCAGACUACAUCAGUGAUGAGGCCCUGGAGUCCUUGCCUGGUUUCAAAGAGAUCGUGAGCAGGGGAGUAAAAGUGGAUUACUUGACCCCCGACUUUCCCAGUCUCUCUUACCCCAAUUACUACACCCUAAUGACUGGCCGCCAUUGUGAGGUCCAUCAGAUGAUUGGGAACUACAUGUGGGACCCCACCACCAACAAGUCAUUUGACAUUGGUGUCAACAGAGACAGCCUGAUGCCUCUCUGGUGGAACGGAUCAGAACCUCUGUGGGUCACUCUGACCAAGGCCAAAAGGAAGGUCUACAUGUACUACUGGCCAGGCUGUGAGGUUGAGAUUCUUGGGGUCAGACCUACCUACUGCCUAGAAUAUAAAAACGUCCCAACGGAUAUCAAUUUUGCCAAUGCAGUCAGCGAUGCUCUUGACUCCCUCAAGAGUGGCCGGGCCGACCUGGCAGCCAUAUACCACGAGCGCAUCGAUGUGGAAGGCCACCACUACGGCCCCUCGUCGCCUCAGCGGAAGGACGCCCUGAAGGCCGUGGACACCGUCCUGAUGUACAUGACCAGGUGGAUCCAGGAGCGGGAGCUGCGGGACCACCUCAAUGUCAUCAUCUUCUCAGAUCAUGGAAUGACUGACAUUUUCUGGAUGGACAAAGUGAUCGAGCUGAAUAAGUACAUCAGCCUGAAUGACCUGCAGCAAGUGAAGGACCGAGGACCCGUCGUGAGCCUCUGGCCGGCCCCUGGGAAGCACUCCGAGAUCUCUAACAAGCUGAGAACAGUGGAACACAUGACAGUCUACGAGAAAGAAGCCAUACCAAGCAGGUUCUAUUACAAGAAGGGGAAAUUUGUCUCUCCUUUGACCUUAGUGGCCGAUGAAGGAUGGUUCAUAACUGAGAAUCGAGACACACUUCCUUUUUGGAUGAACAGCACCGGCAAGAGGGAAGGUUGGCAGCACGGUUGGCACGGCUAUGACAACGAGCUCAUGGACAUGAGGGGCAUCUUUCUGGCCUUCGGACCCGAUUUCAAAUCCAACUUCAGAGCUGCUCCAAUCAGAUCCGUGGAUGUCUACAAUGUCAUGUGCAACGUGGCAGGCAUCACUCCCCUGCCCAACAACGGGUCCUGGUCCAGGGUGAUGUGCAUGCUGAAGGACCAGGCCAGCUCGGCUCCGUCUGUCCGACCGAGCAGCUGUGUUCUGGUCUUGAUUCUCCUCCUACUGUUUGUAUAGAUGCUGCUAUUGUUGUCCCCAAACACUCUGCCAAGCGUGCCUCCACGGUGGGAUGGUUUUCAUUUUCUAUUCGAAUAAUAGCUUCAUUAACACAAUCAAGGCCACAAAAAUUGUAAAUAUACUGUUCUUGGAUGAUUCCAUACAUAAAAGUCCUUACUUCUUUAAAAAAACAAAAAACAAAAUGAAAAGAAAAAAAAAACAGUAAAAACCCCAAGCUUUGUUUCUUCUGGAGGAAGAAGGAAAACCCUAGCUUUUCAUUGGUUCAACUAGAUGUCAUUUUCUGCAUUGUUUCCCUGCAGUUACCCAGAUGAACGGUCUGAGUAGGAGCCUACCCCUGGGCCAACAGACCUUGCAUCGAUACCGCAUGGAGUUCUGGGCCCUCUCUGCGCCGCCUUGUACAGAGCAGGCCCUUGUCUGUGCCUGGUCCACACCCAGGAGCCAUCCUUGGGGAUGGCUUACAAUCCUUACAAUCCUCAUAUCCCAGAAGAAAGAAAUCCACAGAAAAGCAAUAGCUGUCUUCUGUUUCUGGCCCAGCCCAUGGAGGGUUUUUUUUUCAUUUUAUACCAAGUCCCAGAAAGGGCCUAUCUUAGCUUUGAUCACCAAUCAGAAGUACUAAGGAUUGAAAUCACAGAACAAGGUGAAAGAUGUGGGCGCCCUCCCAAGGUCUUGAGCGCACGAACAUGCCUCCCUUGCCUUGAGGAGCAGAAAAGCUUGCAGCAGACGGGGCUUCUGUGAGACUCAGCACAGUCCGUCACAACAUGGAGCCCUGCACAUGGUGGGCCCUGCGUGUGUGGGUGCACUAAUGGAUUCCCCGCCCUGCUGUGGAUCCCCAGACAGAGUGUAGGCUGUAACAAUAUAGUGAUACAGUCAUUACACAUCUUACGGAUGCCUUGUGGACGUGUUUGUAGCAACCUCAGAUCACGGCUUGGAAUGGUGGCACAUUAAGCCCGAGUUCUAUGCACCGGUAGUCUUGGAGCAAGGCUUGUGGAAUAACACCAGCCAAGUGUGUCCUGAAGGACCCAGAAUCCCAAGGAAAAUGGUGGGGGUGGCGGGGGGAAUGGAGAGAACACGAUGGAACCGAAUCCCAGUCACUAACCAAUUAGCCAUUUGAUUAGGAAACAGUUUGGUCGAGGUGCCACCUCAGGGACCUCCGAUCUUUGGUAACCCCUCAGAAGAGCCACUGAGCCUGCGCUGAAAUGCGUUCAGUUUAGUCACCCAGAUCUGCUGUAGGGAAUCUUGUGAGACAAGGGAUAACUGCAUGUUUACCUGAUCGGAAUCACACAGAUCACUGCCUUAACCGUGACUCUGCACUAAAUGGGGCACAUCUGCAAAAUGGACUUUCUGCCAGGAAGGGACAGCACGUCAGGUCUCCUCAGGAUGCUGAGGCCCUUGUGCAGUGUUUGCCUUGAGAAACGAGCAGCAACACUCACCCUGAUUCGAGAAGGCUGGGAGCAUCUCUGCGCCUUGAAUCGUGAAAGCAAAAAGAUCACUACUUAAAAAAAUACAUAUACCAAAUCUGUCAUCACAAAAGAUUUCUAAGUGUUUAUGUAAUGUGUUUUAAAAGUGCCAGCAAACCACCGAAUCAUUUAAAAAGAAGGCAAAUUGGCUUUUGUUAUUUGGCUGAAAGCAAACUGGUGCUCUCACGACAUUAGGCAAUGGCUGUUGAAACAGGCAUCCAUUGUUCAAAGUGUCCUUUCUCCCAAAAGGACGGUGAUCUAAUGAAUUCAGUGGAGCCCACCUUCUUCCUUGUGAAGGAAGGAUCGCUGAAAGAUACCUAAUGAUUCAGUGAAAAGGGGAUCAUCAAAAUCAAGAGACUACAAACAUGCACACAGUCUUGCAUUUGUCUUUCCUGUUCUGUUCUACCACUUUCCCCUCACUCAGCCUUAAAAACUUCAAGGUACAUAAUAAAAUCUCAGAUAUUUGUCGGACAGAGUGGAGCUAAUAAAUAAUCUUAAAUAGAUGAAUGAGAGUAAGAUACUUUUGGAAUCUUGAAUAUUGGUAAAUAAUAAAGAAAAUUCAGACACCAAAUGGAGAAAAAAAUUUUCCUAAAAUAAUGCACAUAUUUACGUGGCUUAAUUAUUUGGCUAGAACUUUUUUCCCUUUGAUUUUUAAAGUUACAUCAUUUUCCCCAGUAAAAUUCCUUUCUAAAUGUGUUCUGUUCCUUUGGAGUAACACCUUGUACAUAUAGACACCUUUUCUCCUGGAUUAUUUUGCUGCUUCACUGCUAAUUCCAGGGGGAAGAUAAUUGGAUUGACCUGCAAAUACCGAACAUAAACCAAAGGAAUGAUCCUUAGAUUAAAGAUGCGAUGAACGGCUACUUUCCCUGCCCAAUGUUUAAUCUCCAGAACCCAAUUCAAUUAAGUUCUGAAGACCUAAGCGUAAAUUAGAACAGGCCCCGGGAAUUCUUUCUAGCCUCGAAGAGUCCUGAUUAUAGAGUCCCAACUCUCUACUUUUAAAGAGAACUUGGAAACCACAUCCAUCUGAGUUCAGUCACUGACGGCCAUUUGCAAACUUCCUGGGGCUGUAAGCGUCAUCUAGACUGCUUCCAGACAUGUCGGUUUGGAGGAUCUGGGUGGGACCUCAGACAGUACUUGUAGGUUUGGGUUUGCUCUAUGGGCAGAGAGGUUCUGGUUAGACCUUGGUAGACCUGAAUCUUCUGACAGCAAUUCCAUAAUCCGCCAGUUUCUUCAGAGGCCAUUGGACUGGCAUCAGCUACUGGUCCCAGCUGGGUCAAGCUUCCAGCCCUCUCUAAACCAAGGCAGAUCUGCAAGCCCCAGGGAUAGAGAGAGGCACCCAAAGGGGCAAACUUCGCUUUUCUACACUCCAUUCCCCUGAGUCUAGGAUUCCCAAGAGUGCUAUCAAACAAACUCAUUGUUGAAGACAUAGGCCUAUUUAAUGGAUUUUCUAAAAAAAGUGUUUUUUGCAUUUCUGUUAAUAUCAAAAGAUUUCCAAAUGUGAUAGUGUGUUGAAUCUUUUUAAACAAUUUGUGAUAGACCAAAGUCAGCUCUUGUAAACUACUUGCUAGGACAAGGGGAGGUGGUAGCCUUGGCAGACUGGUUCUAAAACAUGUGAAACUCGGUCUCAGGUAUAUGCUGUGAAGAACAUACUUGUGUGUGUGUUGCUUGGAAAUCAUAAAAUAGCGCCUAGUACAGGGCCUCAAAUGUUCGAUAAAUGUUCCAUAAAUAUGUGUUGAAUGAAAAAAAGAAUAAAUCUCAUUAAGGAUAUCUGCUUACACUUCAGAUAUUCCCUUUGUCUAUAGUUCCACAAAUUAAAAGAAUGAUUCAUUUUUGGCUUGCUAUCUUUUCUUAUCACCCAACUGAUGAUAUAAUUAUACUUCAUUCCAUGGAUUAAACAUAGUUCAUCCCAGGCUUAUGGAUUUGAUGAUGGAUGGAUGGAAGGGAGGAAGGGCGAUUAAUUUUGCAUAUACUAAGCAUAAUAUACUUUUAGAAUAACAGCUUUAUCAAAAUGUAAUUCAUAUACCAUAUAAUUCAUGCACUUAAAGUGUACAAUACAAUGGCUUGAGUCGAGUCACAGAAUUGUGCAACCAUCACCACAAUCAAUUUUGAGAACGUUUUUAUCACCCCCAAAGAACUCUAUAUCCACAAGUACACUAGUGGCUCAGUCCCCAUUUCCUGCCCACCACCCCCUGCACCUGUCUCGGGCCACCACUGAAUUGCGUUUUGUCUCUACAGGUUUAGCCUAUUGGAGGUAUUUCAUUAAAAUGGAAUAACAAUA